AAUGCGCUUGUGUUAUCUCGGCCGAGUUUUACCACCAUUGAUAAUGUUAGUUGAAUAAAUAACAAACAGCUUUUGGUCUUUUUCGUUAUUUAUUAUAAAACACUAUAUUACUAGGCUUAGUCUCUUAACUAAGUAAUCGUUUAGAUUACAAUUGAAAUAUUUAAAAUGGACACUGGUCCACAAGCUUAUGGAGCUGGUAAAGUCGGUGGAGCGUUCGAUGUACAAAAUUUUGUCCGCAAACCUCAUGUGUUCGUUAGAUUAUUGUCUUUGCUAUUUGGAUUGAUUGUUUAUUUCUGUGCUUCUUCGGGCUCUUGGACGAUUGACCCAAACACCAAAGAAGAAGUAUGCAUGUUUAAAAUGAAGCGUUUCAACUGUCAUAUAGGAGGUUUUGUUGGGUUUACUUCAGUUAUUGUAGCUGCCGUGUUUGUUGGAGGCGAGUAUUACUUUGAAAAUGUACCAUCAGUAAAGAGUCGCAAGCACUAUGUUCUUCUUGACCUUGGAUUCUCAAGUCUCUGGGCAUUUUGGAAUUUUUUGCUGUUCUGUUACUUAUCCAACGCUUGGAGCAACACACCCGAUUUUUCUGAUUCAAUAAGCACUGCCAACCCUUCUGCUGCUAUUUAUUUUACAUUAUUCGCUAUUUUCGUAUGGGGAACUUCUGCGUACUUUGCUUAUCAGAGAUACCAGAUGGGCGUAGACCCAGCUUUUGUGUCUUCAUUUGAAGCCGAUCAAUUUGGUACUUAUGACGAAGCACAAAAUAAUACUAAUCAUGAAUCACCAUUCAAUAAACAACUAUCAGGCGAAUAUCAAACUCAAGCCUACUAAUUACAAGAAAUUCUUCCAAUAAGAUAUUUAUUUAUUAAAACCUAAUGGAUGUUUAAAUAAAGAAUAUUUUAAAUGUUUCGAGCAGUGUCUCUGGUUAUCCACAAGUUAGCGUUUCUAUUUAAUAUUAAAAAUAAGUAUAAUUUAAUAAAAUGAAUGAUAGUUGAGGGUAGUUACAGAUUUUUAUACACUCGUGUUCCAAACAUGCAUAAUGCCGUAAUUGCAUUCAGACUAAUUUAUUUUAGUAUAAUUUAAAUUAUUUUUAAAUACUGUAACUAUUCAUGUAUUUGAAAUUGUUUAUGAUUGUAAGUUGUUUAAUAAACUUAAAAACAAAAUUUACGCAAAUAUUUGCUUUUAAUAAAUUAAACAUAAUUUUUACUAUUCGAAUUCACGAUAUCACAUCCAAACAUUUUAACUGUGGAAUAUAUUUUCUUUGGUAUUUAAAUGUUUUUCAAGUCAUUUUAUUAAUCAUAUUAAAAUUCAAAUUCUAAGUAGACUUUUUUUUACAAAAAAAAAAAAACGCUUAAUUUAUUUAUGUCUAAUUGUCUAAAGCGUUUUUUAUUUAGAAAUGAUAAUUAAAAAAAAGCGUAUUAAUGUUUUUGUUAUUGUUAAAAUAUUUUCUAAUUUAAAAUAAAUGUAAUUUUUCAAUUUACUAUUUUCAAAAAAGUAAUUUAAUUUAAAUGGUUUUUUGUUGAUUUUUUUAAUUAAUUCAUAUUUAUUGUCAACAUAAAAUAAUAAGGCGAUCUAAGAUUCUGUUUUAAUAAUCUGCUGUGUAAAAUAGUACUCAAGUUGUAAUAACAAUAAUAUGUCAAAUUUCUAUUUAAUAUUUAUAAAUUAUUAUUAUCUUCUAGGCAUAGGCAAAAUUAUGGAGACAGCCUAUGAUGGUAGUAAUUCGAAUUCGAAUUACUGCGAUUCGUCGUUAUAUACUAAAAUGUACAAAAGCGAUGAUUUUAUUUGUAAUAAAUGUGUACUCGUAGAAUAAAUAAUAAAUGAAAACAUUAAAAU